AUGCUUUCGGAUGAGAUUGAUAAAGAAAAGCUCGCUAAAUGUCUUCUGAAACUUAAUACAGCAUCUUUUGGCGGGAAAUUAUUCCAAAACAUGAAUGAUGUCGACGCAUUUCUUAAAGAAAAAGGAAAAUUUAAGAAACCUCAGAUCAGAAUUCUUGCGUACUACUUUAAAACAGGUGUGUUAACAUUCGAUAACUACCAAGAUGAAUUACUACAUAAUUUAAUGAACUAUGAAGAAUUAAAAUUCUCAAGACUAGAAGAAAUUCAAAAAUCAGCCAGUUAUAAAACUAUACUAGCAGAUGUAUUGCGAUGCAAAGUCAAUUACGAGCGAUUUGUCCACGAUUCUCAAAUAAAUGAUAUCGAUAUCAACUUAGUUAUGGAAGAUUUGAAAGAAGUACUUGGUCUCAUCGAUGUUAAAUAUCCUUCAUGCAAAUAUGUACAAGGAUAUGAUCGCUACACUCUUGUUUUGUACCUUUUAGGCUUCCAACUUUGUAAAUUCCUUGAAAUUGAUAAGAAAUUCAUUCCAGGAUUAAUUUUCGAUCUUGUUUACAAGUUCAUACGGAUCAGUGACAUCAAUAAUGCACUUGAUGUUGAACGAAGUUCACUUUAUGUUUUAGCAGAUGAUUUGAUUUCUAAAAUUAACCAUAAAACAGUUAAAAACAACAAGAUCAUGUCUAUAUACUAUGCACUCAACUGGAGACUUAUUUUCUUCUGCGAUAAUCACAAUUACAAAGAUCUUUUACUCAUUUGGGACCAAAUUUUACUUCAUUCAUCAUCUCAAUCAGAUUUAGAGAAUUAUUUUGCACAUCUCAUUGCAGCACACACAUAUCAAGCAAUCCAACAGAAUGAGCUUCUUCUUGGACCUAAUUUGAUAUCUGCAAUCCAAUCAUGGACUAAUUUUGAUGUCAUUGCACUUCUCAAAUAUGUUGACUCACAAGUUGACAUUGAUUCACACCAAGAACGAAAGAUAAUCAUCACAGAAGAAGACAUCAAAAAGAUCCGAGAUGAUCUUGAUAGACAGAAAAAGUCAAAAAAUUUAUUGUAA